UAUGUAAUCCUGGUAAACUUGUGCAUUAUCUGGUGAAUUAAUAGAAACACCAGUAAUAUCUAAAGUCAGUGGACAUAUAUAUGAAAAAAGAUUAAUUGAAAAGCAUAUUGAAAGUACAGGUACAUGUCCAAUAACAGGAAGACCUUUGAAUUUAGAAGACUUAAUUGAAGUAUUAUUAUAAUUUCAAAUAAUAAGGUUAAAGUAGCUAAAGUUUAAAAGCCAAGACCAGUAACAGCUACAUCAAUACCUUCAUUACUAUCCCUUUUAUAAAAUGAAUGGGAUGCUUUAUUAUUGGAGCAAUUUUAAUUGAAAUAACAUUUAGAAUAAGUAAGACAUGAAUUAACUCAUGCACUAUAUUAACAUGAUGCUGCAUGUCGUGUGAUAGCAAAAUUAAUAAAAGAGAGAGAUUAAGCAAGAAUAGAAUUAGCGCAAUUACAAAAUAAAUUAAAUCAUAAAGUAGAAGUAGAAACUAAUAAUAUUCCUGAAAAAUUAUCAGCAAAUUAUGUAUCUGAAAUAGAAUAAAAUGCAUUAAAAUUAACAAGCUAAAGAAAAGUUUUGAGAAAGCAAUAAUCAUAUUUUGAUUAAUUUCCUAGUCCUCAAGUACUCUAAUUCAAUAUUUUAGAUUUUAUCUAAUUAUGAAAUUAAGUAAUAACACACUUAAACUUAAGGUGGAAUUUCAUUAGAUAUCUAUGCAAAUUAUUUACUUGUAGGUGGUUAAGCUGGCUUAGUUUCAUUGUAUCGUUCUGAAGUAUUAUUGUAUUAGAAUCAAUAAAAUAAUUAACCAAUAAAUACAAUCAAAUUUUUCAUUAUUGAUGAACAUUUAAGAUUUGUUUCAUCAACUUCAGAAGGAGAUUUAGUCAUUUAUUAAUAUAAUACUGAAUCUAAUGAGGGAAUAGUAGCUUUUACCAUAAAAGUAGGAUAGAAUAUCACUGGAUUAGAAAUUCAUCCUCUUGGAUACAUUGCUAUUAUUGUGACUUCUGAAGGUCUUUUGUUAUUUUAUGACUUAAGAUCUGGUUUAUAAAUUAGUAAAGUGACUGAUUUUGAAGGAUAAUGUAAAUUUACUUCGGUUGCUAUUCAUCCUGAUGGAUUGUUAUUAGCAAUUGGAUAAGAAAAUUCGUAGAUUAAAAUUUGGAAAAUUACAUCAGGUUAACUUGUUGCUCAAUUUGAAGGAUAAGAAGUAAUGAAAAAUAAAUAAUAUUUAGGGAUCUAUAAAUCAGGUUGCAUUCUCUGAGAAUGGAGUUAAUUUGGCAUCAUGUUCACAAACUGAAGUGUUAUAAUGGGAUUUAAGAAAUCCUGGAUAAUUCUAAAAAUUGUUUUAAUCAUAAAAAAUAAGUUUUAUUUAAAUCUAUAUUUUAUUUAGGUAGUAUUUCUUAUGAUAGAUCAGGAGCAUAUUUAGCUGUAGGUGAAAAUAAGAAUAUACAUUUAUUUGACAUAAAAAAAUAAUAAGAAUUUUUCAAAUUUGAGAGUCAUAGAGAUACUGUGACUGGUAUCAAGUAAUUGAAUAUAUAUAUUAUUAUAGAUUUGGUGAAUUUAAUAAAAAUAUUUAUAGCUGUAGUUUUGAUAAACAAGUAAAUAUAUAUGGUAAUUGAA